AUUGUUGAUAAGGAACCGAAUUCAGAUUCUGAAAAUUAAAACAAAAAAUCAGCUUUAUUCUGAAUAAGCUUGCAUUAACUCAUCGGUCGUGAAUCGUUUCAGAAUCAGUUCAUAUUAUUUUCGCAUUAUUGUGUUUAUCGCGUUAGAGAUUUUUAAAAUGCUGCUUUCAAAAUGUUUAUUGUGUCUUGUGCUGCCUUUUAUCUGUCUGCUGGAAGUGCAAGGACGUUUAAGUUUGCCUGGCUUAGAUGCUAUGCUUGACAUCAAAGAUGACCAGAAAGAGACCGAUGACCAGAAAGAGACCGAGACUGAUGACCGAUGUAUAGGUCAUAACACGAUUGUACAAUCAGUACGUGAGAAACUGAUGUUUCAUAGAAAAAAAAUACUCGAUGAGAUCGAGAAAGUGAUUAACGAGCUGCAUACAGAAAUUAAUAUUUCGUUUGACGAAAUGGAACUACACUUGGACAAUUGGGAUCCAAGGAGAGAACCUAAAAAUGUUAUAGUUCAACCAUUCGUGGAGUCCGAUCCCGGUGCCAAGCCGUGUGACAGUCACAUGGAAUGCGUUGAGAUCUGGAUGUGCAGAAACAAAACGACUGAUGGCAAUGAAGCCUACACCAUUAAUUUGCCUUCUAACUACCAUCCCGAUGCAUGUAAUUACAAUCAAAUCUGUUGUAAUAUUGACGAUAAGCUUCUGACAAAACCGUCAUUCGAGCCGAUGCUCAAUAUGAGGGAUUGCGGCUACCGCAAUGAGAAAGGAGUGCAGCUGAGCAUUGAUGGAAUUCAACAUAAUGAAGCGCAAUUUGGUGAAUUUCCCUGGAUGACGGCCAUACUGGUAAGGGAUGAUCCACUGUUAUUGUCCAUUGGUGGCGGCUCCCUGAUAGCACCCAAUGUGGUGCUAACGGCUGCCCAUAAGGUGUCGAAUCGAGAGGCUCCCACCCUAAUUGUUAGAGCUGGUGAAUGGGAUCAACAAACAAUGCAGGAGAUAUACGAUCAUCAGGAUAUCGCUGUGAAGCGAAAGAUCUUGCACAAUGACUUUAAUGGCUAUAUAAAUAACAUUGCAUUGCUCUUACUGAAGGAGUCCUUCAUGCCGAGCCCCCACAUCGCUCCCAUCUGUCUGCCCGAUGCGAACACAGUUUCCGACAACGCGCGUUGCUUCGUCACCGGCUGGGGCAAGAUACCACUGAACAGCAACGAAUAUGCCCGCAUUCUCAAGAAGGUCACUGUGCCCGUGCUGCCUCAUAACAGGUGCAUUGUCAAGCUGCGAAACGCCUUGGGAGCGAACUUUAAUCUUGACAGGAGCAACAUGUGCGCUGGCGGAGAGAAGGGCGUCGAUAGCUGUGCCGGCGACGGGGGAGCUCCUCUCGUCUGUCCCAUUCAAGGCAAACCCAAUCGGUACUACCAGGCAGGCAUUGUCAGCUGGGGCAUUAAGUGUGGAUUGGAGGAUAUACCUGCCGCGUAUACCAAUGUGGCGUAUUUACUGCCAUGGAUUAUAGGCGAAUUAGACCAGUUGAGAAUCGAUAGAAAUUUCUAUACAGCCUAAACUGAUAAAUCAUUAAGUCUCUUGUUUAACUUUCCUUAUCUAAAAUAAUCGGUGUGCUUCAUGUUUUUACCUCUAUAAAUUACCAACAUUUCACUUUUAUUUG